AUGGCCCCAACGUCACGAAAAUACACGCUCAAGGAGGCGAGAGCCUACUCUGGUGCGGUCACCAACCAGACAACACUUGAGCAGGCCAAAAUGCAAGAACUCGGACACUAUGUCCGUCAUAUCAACAAGCUCAACGGAACGGCACCAACCCUUCCCACCGGAGUGGUAGCCAACAGUGACCAGGGCAUUCAGCUCUGGACAAAAGCAUAUGAAGCAGCUUUGGAGGCCGAGGCGCUAAGGAACUGGGUGAAGAAAACCCCUGAAAAACAUGCCAUGAUUCAAGGAUCUGCCAACGGCGUUACUCCUCGUCGCCCUACCGUCCCCCGCAGAACUCUGGGGGAGCGAAGAGCACUGUCGAACAAGACGAGAGCACGCGUAGCUGCUACCGCCGCCUCUACCACUGAUACCGAGGAGCGCCGAGUCAAGAAAGGCAUUGCCACCAAGAAAGACAGCGCUACCAAACGCUCAAUUGAUGAGGUGGACGCUGAUGAUGAUGAGUCCUCACCCAAGCGUCGACGACAAGACUUUGCGAUCGUCAGAUCAGAGUCUGACAAGGAGAACUCUGAACGUCGCACUAUCCGAGCACAUGGUUCUCAUGCUAAGGCUUCUGCAACUUCAUCAAGUCUGAAACAGAACAACGGCGCAGCUCCAACGGAGACCGCUCGGAAGAUAGCAGUACCAUUCAAGCCAAGUCAGAAGCUGCAAAUCACAAAGAGCGCUGCCAGUGCAGGUGGUGCAUCGCCCUCAAUGCCUCGGCCUGCCCUGACUAAGGAUGAGCUGAAUCGGAUCUGA